AUGGAGAACGAUAUGCGCAAGGCACUCGACUGGAUGCAGCGAGACGUGGAGAGACAGGCUCGUGAAAAUCGAGCGGUUCGGGAGACACUAGCGCGCACAAUCCACGAUAUCACCGACAUCGUUGCGGAUUUUGUGGAUAAAGAGACUGCUAGCGUGCUAGUGUAUACAGCUGCAUUGGCGACAGGAGUAUCGCCCGAGAGAGACAACAAUGCACCCUUGCUACAGCUAGCACCAGACAAAGUGGACGAGCUUGUUGGUCUCUGGGAUGAUGCGUUGGUGUCUUGGAGAGAGCGGAACCUCGCGGAGAAACAGACUCUGACGGGAGAGUUCACACGUUUUGAAGAAGAAUGUCUCGCACGGAUGAAAGCUAGCGAGGUCUCACACAGAUUGAAAGAAGAACGACUGGUGCUUGAGGCCAACCUACAGCAGAUGGUCUUUGAAGACCACACGAGUAGUUUGAGGCAGCAACUAGAGAGUGCCAACUGUAUCGUCGAAAUUCUACAAGUGCAAAUAGCAAACCUAUCAUCUCAGCUGACCGAUGCAGCAGUAACAAAUGUUCAAAUAGCAUCUUCUGAUGUGGCCACCGAGACUGAGGGCAGUGGCGAAAAACUUCGGACCCAACUCUUGGAUCUCGCGGCUGGUGCAGAGUCACCAGAGCUCCGCGCUGUACAUUGCAAUGUAGAACUGACGGAGCAAGUACAGCGUGCAAAUGAGCUCGAAACUCGAUUAUUGAUGCUGCUAGAGGAGUGUGAAGCACAAAAUCACCAACAAGGACCGACUCCCAAGAGUGGGAUACCUAGCGAAACAGUAAACACGUACCAUCAGAAGCUACAACUGCUUGAGUGUCGAAUGCAAGACGUCCUACAACAAGUAGCCUGCGACCACGAGCAGUUUGAGUAUGACCAAGCAAAGUGGGCGCUAGAGAAGCGACAUCAUCGCGAAAAAUAUGAUGAGGUGCUGGACGCUAGCGUAAAAGUGCUCAAGGUACUGAUUAUCCGCGAGAAGCUGAUGAAGAAGAAUGAGCGGGCGCACAAGCGGGUCAUUCACGAAUUCCAGGAGAAGCAGUUUGAGCUUGCUUGUCAGGCUGUAACGCUGCAGGGGAUAACAACUGAGCUGAUGCAACAAAGCGCGAUGGUACUCUUGGUACUGCAGCAGCUAGCAGUGAUGAAAUCAAACCCUAGUCAGCCCCACGACACAUGUAGCACUUGGACCUUGCCAGCCAAGCCCGUGCAGAUGAAGAGCAUGAUCAAGCGUCUAAAGAAGAUUGAAUCUUCGUUAAGUCGACGCGAGUGGACAUCAUUCUCUCCGACAACAGCUUUAAAAAGUCGAAAGGAAAACACUUAA